AUGUCGUGGCAAGCAUACAUCGACACAAGCCUCGUUGGAUCUGGUAACGUCGACAAAGCCGCUAUAUUCAACAAGGAGGGCACGAGCGUCUGGGCAGCCUCAGCAGCUUUCAAUGUCUCUCCAGACGAAAUAAAGGCCGUCGUCGCUCAUUACGCCGAUACAACCGAGCCGAAGAAGAUCUUUGGAUCAGGCUUCAAGGUUGCUGGGGAGAAAUACGUCACACUGCGAGCGGAUGAGCGGAGUUUGUACGGGAAGAAGGGCAAAGAAGGAAUAUGUAUUUGCCUCACGAAGCAAGCGAUUCUCAUUGCUCACUAUGGCGAGACCGCCCAGCCUGGCGCAACAGCAAAAACAGUCGAGCAGCUGGGCGACUACCUGAUCGGUGUUGGCUACUAG